CGUUUGCCGCGGUGCGUUUUCGUAGAUGCGGAUUUCUUCGUGUCGUGAGUGCAUGCAGAAAAAUUAUUGUAACAAUCUUCAGUGUUUGUUCCGGGAGUGCGACAUAAAGUGGGUGAAAUUUGUAAAGUGGUUUGUCCGGUUUCGUGCGUGAGUUUACCGGGUGUGUGCGUUGUGCGAGUUUAGAAUACAGAGGAAGAAAAUGUGCCUCCGCAUUCCGAGGUGAAAAUCGUAACAGAAAUCUGCUGGAAUUUACGCUUUUUCUUCCGGGCGACGAUUCGGAAGAAAGCAACACAACGAACGAGAAGAAAAAGAAGAAGACUCGAAAGGCUUCUGCUUGCCGUGCCUCCGUCCAGUGCUUGUGAGGCUGCCUGGAUUCUGCUGAGCAAAGAAGUUCGCGAAUUUUUGUUUGCGAGAGGCCAAGGUGCCGACAAAUUCCCGGCUAGAGUGUGGAUUAAAUAGCCGGGUAAACGACAGGAAGUAACCUGAAACGAAUUUGGAUAUUUUUACUCGAGGUGUCAUUAGAUUACGACACGUUAACGAUACGCGAUGGUAUGCGUCGAACAGGACCAAGCGUUUUGUGUCAUCGUCGAUCCUCUUCCGGACGCACCGGUGCGCAAAUUCAUCAUCAAAGUACGUGCCCACAACACAGUUGAAGAUCUGUACCGUCAUGUAGAAACGCAAACCUUGUACCAGGUUUUCGAGCUUGAGUUUCCCGCCAAAGAGCUUUCUUUGCAUGAUAAAAAGCACAAAAAAAUAACCGAUGUAGGAAUUGUGCUAGGCAAGACGAAUACUUUUCAUAUUCAUCCCAAAGGGGAAGAUUAUUCAACUUCGGCUAUCACAGUCCAAACAGAUAUGUCCUCCGACGACGAGCUGGGCCUGGGCGCUUCGGCGAGUCCCGUUGAGUCAUCGAACCACAGUAUGCCGGCACCACCACCCCUGCCGGCGCCAGCACUAUAUGGCAUACCGGACACAAGCGAAUCUUAUGCGAUUAAAUCGUCUCGAUUGCGACGAUAUACCGAUGAGCAUUCACAGUCGUCGUCCGCCAACUACCGCGGUCUGGUGAACCAGGCUAUGACAUGCUAUCUGAACAGUUUGCUGCAGGCACUGUUUAUGACUCCAGAGUUUCGGAACGCUCUAUACAACUGGGAGUUCGACGGGAAGGAUGAAGUCAAAUCUAUUCCCUACCAGUUGCAGAAGCUGUUUGUCAACCUGCAAACCUCGCCCAAAUCGUCAGUUGAAACUACUGACCUAACGCGGAGUUUCGGUUGGGAUUCAGCCGAGGGGUGGCAACAGCACGACAUCCAAGAGCUGUGUCGUGUGAUGUUCGAUGCUUUGGAGCAAAAAUUCAAGAAAACCAAACAGGCUGAUUUGAUCAAUCGAUUGUACGAAGGUAAAAUGAUCGAUUACGUCAAAUGCUUGGAUUGCAACACGGAAAAGCAGCGAGAAGAUAAGUUUCUCGAUAUUCCGCUGCCAGUACGGCCAUUCGGAAGUACCGAAGCAUACGAAACCAUCGAAGAUGCAUUGAGGGCGUUCGUGCAGCCGGAAAUCCUGGAAGGAAACAAUCAGUAUCACUGUGAAACUUGUAACAAAAAGUGCGAUGCUCACAAGGGACUCAAAUUCACCAAGUUUCCGUAUAUUCUGACGUUGCAUUUGAAGCGAUUCGACUUUGACUAUCAGACGUUCCACCGAAUCAAGUUGAAUGAUAAAGUCACCUUCCCACAGGCGUUGAAUUUGAAUAACUUUGUCAACAGUACAACAAUUGGUGUCGAUAAAUGUGCAACGGUGGCAGCUGCUGAUUCCGCCAUUACUAUAAAUGGAACUGGGUCUGUUCUGCCGGGCAUGCACAUGGAAACAGCCGAAAACUUUAUGAAGACCUACGAUGAGUGCAGCACCACGGAUAGUGGGUCCGCCCUUGAAGAGGAUUCAUCCUUCCAGAACGGAACGUCCGUGUCGUCCACUACUACCACGCCGAAUGAUCAAUUCAUGAAUCAGGAAGACGACGAAGGAAUCGAUAUGGACCUAAAUGGUGAUAGCAAAUCUCCAUCGGCGAGCAACUUCAACGCACCUGGCCCGUACGUGUAUGAUUUGUUCGCCAUCAUGAUCCACUCGGGCAGUGCUUCCGGAGGCCACUACUACGCCUACAUUAAGGAUUUCAACAGCAGCAAGUGGUACUCGUUCAAUGAUCAAACAGUUUCACCGAUCACACAAGACGAUAUCCAGAAAUCCUUUGGGGGCAAUUCUUCGAAGACAUAUUACUCCGGAGCGUACAGUUCCAGCACCAACGCUUACAUGUUGAUGUACCGACAGGUCGAUUCGUCCAAAAACACUUCUCCCAUUAAGGAAGAAGACUUCCCGGAACACAUCAAAAAACUGGCCAUCAAAAUUCGAGAUUCGGAUGGAUGUCGCAACAAGGUGGACACCGACGCUGUGACAGUCAAGGUGUAUUUCAGUAACCCCCGCACGCUGGCCGUCAAGAGUUACAAAAUGUACCUCCUCAAUGAAAACACAUUGACGGAAACACUGGAGGAAGCGUACCGAGUGCUGCAUGUGAAAGGUCUUGUGCCGAUGGAGCGGUGCCGUCUCGUAGGCUAUGAUCGAAAAACUGACUGGAUCGAGAAGAGCUUCGAAGGGCAGGAGGAACACAGGAUUGACGAUAUUAUGCAAGAACUAAAUCGAUGUAGUGAACUGCUGUUGGAGACACGGGAAGAGCACGAAGUAUUCGAGCCGUAUCUCCUGGACGGUUUGAUGACUAAGGUUUUCCGAGUGGACAUAGCUAGCCGAGACGUCGAUGGACCGUACUCAAUUCGGGUGAGCAAAAGUCAAACGGUUUUGGACUUCAAGCAGAUUCUGGCACGCAAGUUCCGAUUGCACGAGGACAGUCUCGUUCUCGGAUUGAAUUACUACAAGGUUGGAAGCAAAAUAUUGUCCAACAACGGUGCCACCUUGAAGGAAGAGAACAUAAUAGAGUACUCCAAGGUAUUCGUGGCGGUAAACUGUCCUGAUGAUCCGGAGUUUGAAAACAAAUUCAAGCAAUUUGUUCUCCGCUUAGAUCAUUUGAUUGGAAUCUACUUCGUUCUUCCCAACAUGGACUCGGAUACGAUGAAAAAGUUAUCUAUUCCACCAUUCGUUCCGAAGGCGCUGCCGCAGAUAAAUGGCAACGCAACCGACGUGCAUAUGGCUGGUACCGACAGCAACAGCGAGGACAGCAGUUUGAGUGACAAUGACCGCACUUUGGUGGAAGACGACGUCCAUACGAAGCUGAAUGGCGAAAAUAGCAAUUUGCAUUUCACCAACGGUGUUUCGCCAACUACUAACGGUUUCAAGGACGCGGACGAUGACGACGAAGAGGAAUCCUAUCUGGCGCAAUGUAGGAAUAAUGACUUCUAUUUCAAGGUGGCUCCGCUGGUGUACCAACAACUGAACAACGACACGGGAGAACAUGAAGAGAUUAGCCACAGUAGUAGCAGCAGCAGUGAUAGUGAAAAGGUGAUCAAGGUUCUGAUUGACAAACGUGCCAAUCAUGGAUAUCUAAAAUAUAGACUGCAGUCAUAUUUGAAAGUACCGAUGGAGUAUUUCAAAUUGUUUAAGAACUCAGCAAGUAGUCAGCAAGAGAUCACACUACUCAAAGAGGAACUUAAUGCAUACACCGAUGGUGAUCGUCUUACUAUUGAACUCGGCCGCGUUCUACGAAAGGGUGAAUACAAAAUCAACCUUUACUACUUCAACGUGAACGAGAUCGUUGACGACCUUGAUAAGUUACCGUUCCUGUGCAACUGGAUUGUCCGGAACGGGCAAGAGGUGGGCCACAUCAAGAGGGAUGUUUUGGCACAUCUAGCUACAUCCGAUAGUAAAUACAACCAGCUGACGUUCGACCGCUGUAGGCUGCGAAGAAAGACAUGGAAGAGCAUCUCCAAGGUUUACACCGACGAGCAGAAAGUCGGCGAGGAGGUUGCAUUGACCAACAGCUCCGAUAUGAUUCUUCAAGAAGUGGACGAUCUUCCCAGUGUAACACCUACACAUUACAACGACACCGUUCUGCUGAUCAGACGAUGGUAUCCAAGUGAAAUGAAAUUAGGAAAAAUGCAGGAAAUUUUAUUCCCAAACAAAUGUGAACUGAAGAACCUGUUUUCCAAAAUCAGCGAAAUUCCCGAGGAAAACGUUGAGUACGUUAAGGUGCAAGCGCGUGAUUCGGUGUCGAUUUUGCAGAUCCACAACAGCUUACACUGGUCGUCGAGCGAAAUUAGGUCCAACGAUUGUAGCAGUAGUUUCCAAGACGGUGACAUCCUGUACUAUAGAGAUAAAACCGAACCACUGGCGGAACUAACGGCCGAGGAACGCAAAGAACUGACCAAGAAAGACAUCCGCAGCAGUUCGACCUAUUCGCCGCGCAAAGAACGGGCCCUGAAGAUCUACGUGGAUGCCUCGCCGAAGAAGGCCGACGACUGAUUGCAGCUGACGACCGAAGGCAGCAGCGGUAUCAAACGGAGAAAGUGUUGUAUCUGAUCGACCGGGAGGAGAAGUCGAAGUCUGAGUCAGUAGAAAGGAAAGUGUGAAAAGCGUCAUUAGUAGCCCGAGCAGAGCACGCUGCAUCAGCAUCAAGCUUUUAUAGGCGGGGCAAUUAAACGAUGGUCCUGAUGUGCGAUGCGCCUGGCCUGUCACUGCAUGUUGAGUUUGUGUAAAAAAGGAAAAUGAUCCAAGAACUGUUGUAUUAUAGAUCCAUUUGAUGUGGAGUUGAGAUAGAACAAAAAAAAGUCUCAACUACUGUCCAAUUCCCAUUAGAUGAGCUCGUAUUGCAUUGAAUUGAUUUUUUGAUUGAUUUGUACUUUAUUAAUUAUCUAUUGUUAUCUUUGUUUAAGAAGAGGGAUCGAGAGCGUUUCAUAUAUGAUUUACCUAUUUGAAUAUUAAUUUCUCCUGUGUUCAAAAUUUUGGUCAGUUUAAAUUCGCGGAUGGGAAAUGCGCGGUUCCAUUGAUCAGAGGUCAGUCACAGGUAAUUUAUGGAAGUCUUUAUUUCUGUGUGUGCAUCUCAGAAUUAUUGCCUUUAUCCAUUUGACAUUUUCUGGGAGAUAAUUUGAGUCACAUAUGAUACAUAUAAUUAACACUAUCUGAAAAAUGGUAUCGUAAUUCAACAUUUGAACGAAAUUUUAUAACAUAGAUUCUGACCACUUCUAAAGAACCUAAUUCUGGGCUUCAUUAUUCUGCGCAUACGCAUAAGGCCUAUCAUGAAUUAUUUAUGUCCAUAGUAUUUUCUAAGUUGAUGAAACUAUUAUUGCAUCGGCUCACAUCAUGUAUUCAUGUAAAUCAAUCUGUAUUGCUUUGACCAUGCUCUGGAAAAUUCUCAUUCACUAUUUUUCUACUACAUUUCUGUUAGGUACUGGCAAUGUGCAUCUUUCAUGUCCUCUGUCUUUUUACAUUCAUCGUUCAGUUUAUUCUAUGUACUGUUGUAGGUAUCCACUCGUCAUUGACGUUUCUACAUAAAUUGCAAAAAUAUGUGAAGCAAAUGUGAGAAUAAAAAUUACUACUGCUCUGAA